CCACACCCCGAUCCGACCUAACGAAACCCCGAAUCCUUGCCGCCGCUUCCAAUCUCGACACACGCCCGGCCCGGGCAUGUCGCCAUGUCGGUCAAAAGUCGUAAGCCCACUACCCAUCUGGAACUUGAUGGCCAGAAUCAGCAGCCAUCAACCACUGUUUCAAGCCGCGCAGAGGUAGCGCCGCCAUUACCGGCAAAUAAAAUCAACAAGGAACCUCCCCCGGAGAAGGCCACCGACGUUAGACGACGUACCUAUGUCAUUCUGUCCUUCUGGGCACUGAUACUGUCACUUGGCCUGCCAAUAUGGUGGCAUACGACUUCUGUGUACCGGGCGAGCCUGCCCCUGGAUGAGAUGAUGAACUGGGCGGAUGGAAGGGCUUGUCGUCCGACGUUCCCUCUCACGAUUGCCAUCGAGAAAGGCACCAUGCGACAAGAUGAAACCGAAGUCUUGAUUCAAAUGACACAGAUGGUACUCGACGGCCUCUCAGAGUCCCCAGACUCUUCUGACCAGCAGCUGCGCCUCACGAUCGCCAAUGAAGCUUCAAUCGACGACGAGAAUAUUGCCCUUACGGUUCGACUGAAUCCAGGAGAUACUACGACCACUGCGCUUCAGCCGGAACAGCCCAUCCUCCAAGUGACCUACGCUGCAAACACACUCCCCUCCCCCGACCUAGCCUCUAGGAUCGCUAGAGACGUCCAUGCUGUCUUCUCGGAGGAGCAAGCUGUUAUUUCGACCCUGGUAGCGGAGGCCUCUGGUUCCGCGAAACCAUCUCUUAGCGGAGUAAACCCAGCCGUGGCUGCGGCGGUGGCCAAGCGCUCAACCCGGUCACUAAAGUACGCGCCUACAUACCACCUCACUUUCUCUCUCUUUACCGCUGGCGCGUCUCCGAGCAGCUGGGAUAUCGACGCGGCUGUUGAGCAGUACAUGCGACCAGUUCUUGAUGUCCUCUCGCCCAUACACAACUUUACUAUCGACACGCAGGUACAGCUUUACGCCGCGCCGGGCGUGCAGUCUGAUGUGCUAAGCAAGGAUGACUUGUCUUCGUUUAUAAACGCUGCUGAGUGGCCUUUAUCCCCAUCCAUUGGCGGCGCACCAACCAUCAACUUCGUGGUUUUUGUCGGCAACCAGAGUAUUUCUCUUCCGACCGCCGAGGCCGGGUCUGACGCAACUGCGACAGCCCAGUCCUGGCUGAUUCCACAGUGGGGUUCGGUAUAUCUCGUCCCUCAUACCUCAGAGACCGCCAACAAGGUUCCGGCUCAAUCUCUCCGCGCUCCCAUGGCGACUUUCACCGCGCAUCUGCUCUCCCUCCUCGGUACCCCUGAAACUUCGGGUUCGCUGCCCCUCCGCUUGGCUGGUCUGCGUCGCAUCCGAUCCGCCGACCUCGUCUUGCGAGCAUCAUCAUCCCUCGGCUCCCUGGCCCGCCUGUCUCGGGCUCUCCCCGGAAUUGCCAUCCCACGCUCCGUCGCCGAUGGUGUGUCUACCACGCUCAGGCACCUUCGACAGGCUUGCGAUGCGCUCGGGACCAGCGCAGGCCUUGCCCAUGCGCGGAUAGCUCAGGUCGCGGCCGAUAAGGCAUUUUUUGAGAAGAGCAUGGUUGGUCAACUUUACUUCCCAGAUGAGCACAAGGUCGCUGUAUACCUACCACUGCUGGGGCCAGUGGGUGUUCCUCUGAUUAUGGGGCUUUUGAAUGAACUGAAGGCUUGGAAGAAGCGAAGGCAGGAGAAGGCUGCUGCGGAAAAGACAGGGAAGAAGACAGAGUGAUUAGGAGCGGCUAGAUUUGCGUAUUAAUGUAGACACGACCAAGAUUUUAUCACUAUCACCUCGCAGAGUCGAAGCAGCCCUUCACUCAACCCUUCCCAUGAUUGGCCAAGUCCCCAUCUCCUUCCAAAACCCUCUCGAGUCCAAGACCCUACCCAACUUGCCCUGACUUCUCGGCAGAGCCCUGAUUCCAUCCUCCUGCAUCAGCUCUCCAACCCAGCGCUCAUAGUCGAGACCCUCAACAACGUCAGCCUCGCCCUUGGCCACCAGCCGCUCCCUCGCAUCGGCACCCCACGCCUGAACAAGAUCCCACCAAUCAUAUGUCCUCAGGUCGGCCACGAUCCAGCGCCUCCCCGGUGUGAAGCGCCCAUGCACUGCGACGAUGGCUCUGGCGACGUCGGCGCCGUGAAUCAGAUGCAGCGCGCCCUUACCCCUGACGGCAUCCUUGGUGCGGGCUACACGGGCCAGCCAGUUGCGCGGGUUGCGUGUCUCGCCGUCGUACAGCCCCGCGAGGUUUAGGACGGUGGCGCGUGGGACACAUGCCAUCAACUCAUCCUCGGCUAUGGCACGCAGGUUCGUCCUGUCGUAGGACGAGGACUCGUCCGUCCAAUGCGGGUCCGUGAAGAUGCCCGUCGAGCCGAGCUGGAUCCACUGUGUCGAUUCCGGGGUCUGCUGUUGGUGAGUGCUGUGAUAGAGGCCAGUCAAGUGUUUGCUCUGGCCUUCGCCCUUUAAUGGGAACGUGAUAAGGACCGUCGUUGCGGUGGGCAGCAGCCGGAAGGGCUCUGGAGAGGCCGAGUCUGGAUCGUAGCGGAACGGAAUGGUUCCGGGACGGCCGCUGGUGGACGUUGCGGCGAAUCUUAAGCCGGAUUUUUCCAAGAGGGGGAUCAGAAAGUUUGACGUCCAGCCUGCACCAAGGAUGAGGAGAUCGACCUUGUCCGCAGCUUCCGUAGAGGAUAGCGGGGUCGAUUCUGUUGUGUUUUCCAUAGUGGACAUUGGGAAAUGAACGGUCACCAUUUCGGGAAAGUUGGGGUUAAUAGACGAGAGGAGCUUGCAGUACCAUGGAUGAAAAUUGGUGGAAAUAUUUUACGAGAUCUGUGGGCAUGUAUGUAGGUAGGCAGGUAUAUACCCAGGGUAGGUAUAAUUGAAAAAGCUUCGCAGAGACACAAUC